UCUUUUUCUGUCAUUUAUUUUUAGCAAAGAAACCCCAAAAAAAAGUUUAACAUUAUUUUUUAAAAAAACACAGAGAGUCCCCAUGGCCUCUCUCUCGCGCAGUCCCCUCUUCCGACUUAGGGCUCCUCCGGCGUUCAACUACGCCGUCGUCGACUUACGACCGGCGACACGAUGGGAUGGGCUUUGCAGCCCCGUUUAACGGCGUCCUUGAGAGCCAAGACUCUCUCCACCCAUGGGAGUCGAAAACAAGGGAGGUUCUCGGCCUCUUGGACCCGAUUUGGACGACGGAGGAGAGACCCUCCGACGACGGAACCAAGGCCACUUCCGGUGACUGAUGCACGUGGAGGACCAGCGAUUGGCGAGCAGCAACGGUGGCAGUGGCGUGCGAGGAGGCUACAGCAGCAAGGCGUGCGACUAGGGUUCCGAGGCUUCUUUUUUCUGCUAAAAUUGUUAAUGCUGUUAGGGCUAGGUUUUGGGUUUGGGCUCAAUUGGGCUUGCUGGGUUAAUUUUUAGGUAGUGGGUCAAGAAUUGGGUUGGUCAGAUUUGGGCUACUGUUGUUUUAUUUAUUUUGUUUUAUUUUGGCACUGGGCCCGGGCAAGAAUUGGGCUCUACAAGCAUAAAUUAAGUAAUAAGUAUUGUACAAAAAUACUAGAAAAUGAGUGGGAAUUUGGAUGUAAACAAA